CUCGAUCCCGUGGUGCUCCGCGGCGCGGUCCGUUCUCUUCCGGUCGCGAAGAGCCGGGACGUAGAGGGCGAUAGCGGUGGGCAGCGGCUGGGCGGCGGAGGCAGAAUGUUGGCUACCAGGAUAUUUAGCCUAAUUGGCAAGCGAUCCAUCUCCACCUCGGUGCGUGUGCAUGCACACGGAAGCGUUGUAAAGACGGAAGAGUAUUCUCUCCCAGCGUAUGUUGACCGGCGUGACUACCCCUUGCCUGAUGUGGCCCAUGUCACGAACCUUUCUGCCCAACAGAAGGCCUUGAAAGAGAAGGAGAAGGCCGCCUGGAGCACCCUCUCCAUUGAUGAAAAAGUUGAAUUGUACCGCAUUAAAUUCAAUGAGACCUUUGCGGAAAUGAAUAGAAGCACAAAUGAGUGGAAGACAGUUUUGGGCGGUGCCCUGUUCUUCAUCGGCGUCACUGCGAUCCUCCUGUUGUGGGAGAAGCUCUAUGUAUAUGGCCCCGUUCCGCACACCUUUGAGGAGGAGUGGGUGGCCAAGCAGACCAAGAGGAUGCUCGACAUGAAGGCCAACCCAGUCCAGGGAUUUUCUGCCAAGUGGGACUACGACAAGAAUGAGUGGAAAAAAUAAGAACCCACCGUUCAUGUGUUUGAACCUAACUUGUUCCUUCGCCUCCAUGCAACUCAGCAUAUUUACUGGAAACUUGUUAUGUAAAACGGUGACAAUGCUAAUAAAUGACCAGUUUACAGUGCAA